AUGCCUUUGAUGGCUAUUAUUGAUACCGAUGCGACGCAUUCUUUUAUUUAUUUGGAUUGUGCUAAGAAAUUGAAUCUUGAAUUAUCUGUUAUGCGUGGAAGCAUGGUUAUUGAUACUCCGGCUAUGGGUUCAGUCACUACUUCAUCUAUUUGUUUGAAAUGUUCGUUGAAUAUUUGUGAUAAAGAUUUUGAAGUUGAUUUAGUGUGUCUUCCACUGAGUCAACUUGAUGUUAUUUUGGGAAUGGAGUGGUUGAGGACCAACCAUGUCUAUAUCAAUUGUUUUGUGAAAGCUGUUAUUUUUCUUGAGCCAGAGAAGGAAGGUGAUUUAUUCUUAUCUACUCAACAAGUGAAUGAAUCUGUGCGAGAUGGUGCUAAAGUCUUUAUGUUGGUGGCAAGUUUGAAGCUUAGUGAAAAUGGAACAAUGGGUGAAUUUCCAAUUGUUCAUGAUUUUCCUGAAGUGUUUCCUGAUGAGGUUAGCGAUUUGCCGCCUGAACGUGAAGUUGAGUUCAUGAUUGAUUUGAUUCCUGGUACUAGUCCGGUAUCGAUGGCUCCGUAUUGGAUGUCACCAUCUGAGUUGAAAGAGUUAAAGAGUCAACUAGAGGAUUUGCUUGAUAAGAGGUUUAUUUGUCUGAGUGUCUCACCGUGGGAUAAGUUUGUUGUUGCAUUUAUCGAUGAUAUUUUGAUCUAUUCGAAGAGUGAAGAGGAUCAUGCUGAGCAUUUGAGGAUUGUUUUAUCUGUAUUGAAAGAGAAGCAGUUGUUUGCUAAACUUUCGAAGUGCGAGUUUUGGUUGAAGGAAGUGAAUUUCCUUGGCCAUGUGAUCUCUAGUGGUGGUAUUUAG